AUGCUGCAGCUGUCCAGGCGGCCCCAGGAGUUCACGCAGAACUUCACGGCGUUCAUGAACGUGCACCACCUGCUGUCGCUGUCAUGGUUCACACCCUGGAUGGUGCUGUUUGCGCCGCGGGGCGCAGAGGGAGCGCCGAUUUGGAACACGGUCUUCUUUUACCUGUGCGCCGCGAUCCCCAACCACACCUACAAGCUCGUCCAGUGCAGCAUCAAUCAGGCGACGGCCUGGUACGGCUGGCUACUCGGCCCUGCAAUCUGCGGCCACUGGCUAGUGCUGCUGGCGAGCCAGCGGUACUACUUUGCGCAGUGCGCAUGCAGCGCCUGGGGCUGCUGGACGCCCGGGACAGUCAUGAUGCUGCUGGGCGCGUGGGGCAUGGCGCUCUAUGACGUGCCCCAGUUCCUCAACUCUCUGGUCUCCUGCAACUCGAAGCUUCUCGGGGCCCGGAUCGGGCUGAAAGACAUCGGAGGCCUGCUGGCGGCCCGCGCCCGCGAGGACCGCGUAAUCGUCGAGGUCAUCUUGGACGGCGGCAGCGGCGGCGGCGGCGGCGGGAGCAGCGGCUAUAAGGGCGGCAGUGGCAGCGGUGGCGGCGGCCCGAGCGCGUCGCCGCCGCCGCCGCCUCCGCCACGCCGGUCGGCGCGGCUUGGGGCCGGCGGCGGCGUUGGCGGCAAGGCGAAGGGGUAUGAGCAGCGGGAGGGGGAGGACGACACUGCAAGUGCAUCCAGGGACCAGCAGGAGUUGGCAAAACAGCAGGCCAUAGUUGCUCCGGCUGAGGUGGUGCCGCCGGCGGCCGCUGCGGCUGGUGACGCGGGGCCGCCGCCGGCGGUGCGGGUCGUCCGCUUGCAGGCCGGCGGCGUCGAGACGUCCUGCGUCGGCGUUGCGCCCGGCGGCCGCAAGCGGCGGCAGCAGCAGAUGCUGCGCGCGGCGCAGGCGGCGCAGCUUGCGACGGAAGGGGCCGAGGUGGAUUGCGAGCGGUACUGCAAAACCGUCAGCCUGCAGUGCGGGGGCGAGCAGACCGUAAGCUACGGCCUGGGUCCUGGGGAGCGCAAGGGUGACUUUGCCCGGGCGCGCUUCAUGCGGGGGCCGCGGCCGGGGUGA